AUGUGGCUUGGCACUGCGCAGGUGUGGCGAGGUCUGGCCAUGAACUUACCUCCAUUCAUCCACAUUAGUGCUGACACCAUGACUGACAAAGAGACGUCUAUCUCCACUGAGGUGGAGGUUGAUACUUGGUCCGGUUUGACCGACCCGGCUGAGCGUCGGCGACGCCAGAAUCGCAUCAAUCAGAGGGCUUAUCGCAAGCGCAAGCGCAUUGAAUCGUCCCGAGACGUGCAUCCCAAAAGCUUAGUUCCGCAGCGCUCAACGUCUUCCACUGAAUCAGACUCAACGGGACUCGAACUCAAGCCGAAUAUCUGUGGCAGUCCCUCAGCAAUCCAAAGUCUAUUGGAUCGGUUUGCGAAAUCAGCGAUCGAGAGCUACGCGCGGGGAGACCCGACUGCCGAUCACCUUAUGACUUUGACCAAGGUGAACGUCUUUCGAGCGUUUGCCCAAAAUAUAAAAAUUGUCGGGUGGCCUGGAUUUUGGAUGCCCGACGACGCGAUUUCUAAGUUCAACACUGCUCUGCCACAUGAUACACGCACGUCGGAUGAGAUCAGUCGUAUUCCUCCCAACCUCCAGCCGACUCGAAUGCAGAAAGCCAGGCCCCAUCAUCCGUGGCUUGACUUCUUCCCGCUACCUAAAAUGCGCGAUAACCUCAUCGAGGCCGGUGAUGAUUGGGACGACGAGCAGCUUUGUCAUGAUAUCAUGGGAUUCUGGGGGGAAUCUGCGAUGGAUGCUGGGCUCUUGGUGUGGGGGGAGCCGUGGGAUGUGCGAAAUUGGGAGGUCACCGAGCCGUUUCUCAAGAAAUGGCAGUGGGUCGUUCGAGGGUGUCCGGAGUUAAUGAAUGCGACCAAUAGUUGGCGAGCGCGUCGUGGAGAAAAGCUCAUAUUCCGCUAUAUUUGA